AUGGACUUUCUUCAUUGGAAUUUUCGUCAUGAACCAUUCGAGGCUCGAACUUUAAAAGAGAAGAAUCCCAUAAAACCAUCAACAAUUACUACAAAAUUAAAAGGCGUGGGGAAAAAUAUAAAGAAAAUGGGGAAGAAACUGAAGAAGAAACACAAUCACAUAGGUAAAAUGAAGAAAUGCAUCUUAAAACUAUACAAGAAGAAUAAAAAACAUAAACAUAUUAUGAUGAAGAGUAAAUACAUACUUCCAUUACUCUUAGGAUUAUUCGCUGUUAAAAGUCUGUUCACAUCAAUUGCAUUAAAGGCUCUCACUUUUAUAUCUGUUAAGGGUCUUCUGAUGGGUAUCUUUUCAACCGCGUUGGCAUCAAUUCUCAGCCUCAAGGGUAUAUUAUAUCAUUCAAACCGUAAAGAUGACACCAAAACCCAAGUGGAAAUCAUUCAAAUUCCACCAAAGAAUGAAGAUCACUACUACAAUGAACACUACAGUAGAGGAAACUAUGUACCAAUGGUCAAUAAUCAGCUUUAG